ACGCGACCAACAUCACCUGUCUAACCAGAAUGUGCAACACUGGAGUUUUCCAUUUGGCCACAGCUACCAUUGACACUGUGCCUCGGCUACACGUCCACAAACCAAACAAUCAGCAAAGUGUCGUGCAGUUGACACCAACCAGGGUCAGUGUACCUUUUGGCCAAUGGAUUUUGCAGUAUAACGUGGAACCUGACACUCCAAAGCGGAGUAGCCCACUGUUAGCAAAAAGACAAGUCUAGUUUACCCAUUUUAAACAGUGGAAAACGGAAUACCAGAAACCAACGCUCCACAGUUGACACUCGAGUGCGCGAGGACUACAUUUAUGUUUUUGGGUUGUGUUGCUUUAGCUAGCUAAACUUGCACACCACCGUGGGGACAGUUAGCUAAAGUAGCAACCCAAACGAAUAGUCUACGAAGUCAAAUCAUACCGUACGAGGAAGAGGGCUGCAAAAUCAUACUUGACCCUAUGAGGGAUGGCUGGUAAAGCUAGACUCCAUGAAGUCCUGGCUCUGAGUCUGUCCAGGCUCUGAGUGGAGGCACUUUCGCUCGGGCAGAAUGAGACUGCAAGGGUGGCCCCAGCGGUCCAUGUGAAGAGGAAGUGGAAGAAGGAGAGGAUGGGUGUCAAUGCCUCCAGCUAUCCCCAUUCGUGCUCACCCCGAUUUGGUAGCAACUCACAGAGCCAGCAGACAUUUAUAGGGACAUCCUCUUAUGGCUCCCAGGGCUAUGGAGGAGAGGGGAAGCUCUACAGCCUGGAGUCCGGCCCCGAGAAGCCCCAGGACAAGAAGAAGAAGAGCUCGGGCCUAGCCACUCUCAGGAGGAGAUUCAUCAAGCGCCGCAAGUCCAGCCGCUCGGCCGACCACGUGCGACAGAUGCGCGAGCUCCUCUCAUGUUGGGAUGUGCGUGACGCAAACGCCCUGGUUGAGGAAUACGAGGGCACAGCAGCGCUCAAGGAGCUGAACCUGCAGGCGGGACUGGCGCGGGCUGAGGCCCGGAGCCUGCAGCGCGACCUGGCCGCCCUCUACCAGCACAAGUACUGCACGGACGUGGACCUCAUCUUCCAGGAUGCCUGCUUCCCUGCGCACCGUGCUGUGCUGGCUGCCCGCUGCCCCUUCUUCAAGACGCUGCUGUCGUCGUCGCCAGGCUACGGUGCUGAGGUGCUCCUGGACGUGGGCACAGCGGGCAUGGACGCGGCCAUGUUCUCGGCACUGCUGCAUUACCUGUACACGGGCGAGCUGGGCCCAGAGGUGGAUGCGCGGCUGCGGAACAUGGAUGUGCUGGUGCGCCUGAGCGAAGAGUUUGGCACACCCAGCUCACUGGAGGAGGACAUGCAUGGCCUUUGCGAGCACAUGUGCUUCUACGACUCACUGCUCAGCUUCUCAUCUGACUCGGAGCUGGUAGAGGUCUUCAGUGCCGGGCCAGCUGUUGGGGUAGCAGCUGGGGGAGGAGGUGUAGGAGGAGGACCGGUCAUCCAAGGACCCGCGGACGAAGAGUUGCGCGCCCACAAAGCGGUCCUCUCGGCCCGCUCUCCUUUCUUCCGGAACCUCCUGCAGAGGCGCAUCCGCACCGGCGAGGAGAUCACAGAGCGCGCUCUGCAGACGCCCACACGCAUCAUCCUGGAUGAGUCCAUCAUCCCCAAGAAAUAUGCCCGUGUCAUCUUGCACUGCAUGUACACGGACGCUGUGGAGCUAGCACUGGUGCUGAGGGGAAGCCCCUCAGCAGGGAGUCUGGGGGAGGUGCAGGCCCUGGUGGCCGGAGGCAGGGGGGUUGCCAGUCGUGCUGAGGAGGCAAUGGAGCUCUACCACAUUGCCCUCUUCUUGGAGUUCAGCAUGUUGGCCCAAGGUUGCGAGGACAUUGUGGUGGAGAGCAUCUCUCUGGACACGGUGGUGCCCAUCCUGAAGUGGAGCUCGCAGCCCUACGGCUCAAAGUGGGUCCACCGGCAGGCCAUGCACUUCCUGUGUGAGGAGUUCAGCCAGGUCAUGACCUCUGACGUGCUCUACGAACUGGGCAAGGAACACCUGGUGGCUGCCAUCCAGUCAGACUAUUUGCAGGCCAGCGAACAGGACAUCCUCAAGUACCUCAUCAAGUGGGGAGAGCACCAGCUUAUCAAGAGGAUGGCCGACCGAGAGCCCAACCUCCUAAGUGGCACGGCCCACAGCGUGAACAAGCGGGGGGUGAAGAGGAGAGACCUGGACCUGGAGGAGCUCAAGGAGAUCCUGUCCCCUCUGCUGCCCUACGUCCGCACCGAACACAUACUGCCCCCCCACAGCGAGGUCCUCUCUGACACAAUGAAGAGGGGUCUGAUCAGCACCCCUCCCUCAGACAUGCUGCCCACGUUGGAGGGUGGAAAGGCCAACUCUUGGCUGAGGCAAAAGAGUGCCGGCAUCUACGUGCGACCUCGCCUCUUCUCGCCCUACGUGGAGGAGGCCAAGUCUGUGCUGGAUGAGAUAAUGGUGGAGCAGACAGACCUGGUGCGCCUGCGCAUGGUCCGCAUGUCCAACGUGCCCGACACCCUUUACAUGGUCAACAAUGCUGUGCCCCAGUGCUGUCACAUCAUCAACCACCAGCAAAUCGGUGGCAGCCAGACGACCCCACCCUCAGUGGUGGCCAAUGAGAUACCAGUUCCCAGGCUGGCCGUGGUGAAGGAGAUGAUCCGGAGGCUGCAGGACCUGCGUCACACGGACCAGGUACAGCGUGCGUACGCCCUAAACUGCGGCGAAGGUGCCACGGUUAGCUAUGAGCUGCAGAUCCGCGUGCUCCGCGAGUUCGGCCUGCCGGACGCCGCCGCAGAACUGCUGCAGAACCCUCACAAGUUCUUCCCGGAGGAGCGCUUUGGCGACGAGAGCCCCGUCCUAGCGCUGCGCCAGCCGUCGGUUGGCAGCCGGAGUGGAGGGCGUUGCCGGGUCAACAGCAGCCCAGUUGUGGAGAGCAUGUUCACCGAUCUGGAGGCCAUGGCGGGCUUCCACCCACCGCUGCCCCCUCCCCCGCCGCCUUAUCACCCACCGGCCACGCCCACUCACAAUGCCCAGCUCAAAGCCAGUGGGUGGAGGCCUGGCCGUGCCCCCAGCCAGCCCCCGUCACGCUCUUUCUCCUACCCCUGCAACCACAAUCUGCUCCACCACACAGUGAGCUCCUCCUCCAAGCAUGGCAGCCCCGCCUACCCACCGGCGGCCAAGCCCCUGGCGCCAGACUGCACCAAUCGCCAGGGCGGGGGGGUACGCACCCAGCAUCAGGAUAAACAAGGGAACGUGGCGCCGGUCAUCAACGAGUUCAUGCCGGACAUUGCCAUGGGCGUGUCGGCCAUGACCCUGAAGGAGUGUCGCCUGCCCGAGGUCACCAUGGAGGUGGAGCCUCACGAGCCGCACCCUCACCCUUCCACGGCCCCUCCUGCUGUGCCCCACUGCCACCUGGGCCUGAACCGCCACGGUCCGUAUGCCUCCCGCAAGAGGCACGCUGCCGAGCCCAAGCCCGAGGCCCAGGCGUCGGAGUAUCCUGACUUGUACGAGUUUCCCGGGCGCCACGUGAGCUCCUUCGCCGGGCCGGACCUCUACAGUCACAGUCGAGUUCCUUCGGGAGGGGGCCUUGUCCCUCCACAGUACUCCUCCGACGAACAGCAGCCAAACUCCUGCCGCGGCCCAGUCGGCACCCCACUCCGCCUGGAUGUUCUGGAGCAACCCCCCCAGAGACUAGAUCUGGCUCUGGCCAUGCAGAGCGGAGGAGUUCAAGCAGCCGGGGCAUCACACAACCCAAGAGGACGCGCCCGAACUGAAACAGACCUCACUUGCGGACUGGGACAGGCGCGGCCCGCAGAACCUUACUCCGAGGAGGUGGUUGGGGCCAGGGACCGCAGGUCUCCCAACAAACCUGAGUACCCUUACAGGAAGUCUGCACUCUGACCCUCCGCAACUAAGACUGUCAGAGGCCUCGGGAAAAGGCAAGAGCGCUAAAAGGACGGUUCGCUAUAGGGGGAUUUGGGGUUGACGGCUUAGCAUCAGUGGUUGGCAGUGUCUCCGGUGACAGAGUGGUCAUACUCGCGCUCAGUUCAGGGCAAAGGCACUAAGCACACAUAGUAGUAGUCCCCCCCCUCCCCCGGCGAGCCCCAGGUGCUGCACCAACUAACGAGAUGCCGGCGGUCACAGUGCCUUCAGCACAGAGCCAUGGUGGGGGAUGAGGAGGAAAGGCUUGGUUUGGUUGAGAAUUAUUUGUCCAAAUAGAUUAGUCUCAUGAAUUAACAUAAUGGGUCCUAGCCCUUCCCAUCUCCCAGAUUGGAUCCACGCUCAACUGCUUAUCCUCCAAUCACCUUUAUUCUUCUCAAAAUGAGUCUUGACUGGUCAUUGAACUUGAAUAAAUCCUUCCCUUUCCGCCCAGUGUUUUGGAUUUUGACAACGCACAGUCAUCGUUUCAUUUCCAUUACACUCAUUUCCUGCAUCAGGAUGAGGGUACUGUAGAGUUAUAUAUUUAUAUUUAUGUCCCGGUAUGCUUUCCUUAGAAAUAAAUUGAAAAAUGCCCAGGCAAUGAGUUGCAAACUCAUUUCAGCAACCUGCCCAUUACAAAUAGCUCCUCCUUUUGAAAAAGGUGGAAUUGCAGUAAUAACACUUGUAAUCCUUUAUGACCCACGGGCUGUAUGUCAGGACGGGCAAUUUAAGAUUUGAGCAAGAGCACAAAGAGGAGAAGAGAAACACAAAUGAAAUCUUCCUACUACUACCAAUGUGGCUACAAGGCAGGAAUAAUAAUUGCAUAGCUGCUUUUAUUAGAAGUGACUCUAGAAGUCAUCCACUUUGCAUACCCAUAGUUAAUGUGAGUGGUAGCCACUGCUCAGCGCUAUCUCUUGGUCCUCUCCCAACACUUACCCUUUGCAGAUGUCCUUUUUACCUUAACCUCACUGUAAUAUUCAAUAGCCUGAGUGCUGGGCACAGUAAGUCGUUUGAACCCGGGCUAGUAUUCCAAACCACGUUUCCCACUUUAUUGAUCUAUUACUGUCGAUUGGCCAGAAUGUGCAUAUACACCUGGUUUCCGGGGUCUAAAUUCAACCUCAAUAAUUAAAACGGGAUAGCAACAGCAAAUCAAGAACUGAUGUAGAAUAUCCCUGCCUUAACCCUACAGCAAUUUGUGGAGAUUUAUCAAGAUGCAGGCCCCAUGACUGUGCCCCUCUGCCUUUUCCAUAGCUCAGCAUGGCCGGCGGCCAUCUUGGAUAAACUUCAACCAAACCAAAGCCCAGUUCCUCAAUCCAAUGACUCCCUGUCUCCCUCCAUGGCGAUCUGAACAAGACUGCUUCGGUCACCAUCCUUACUUUGACGUACUGUACCCAACAACCAACGAUUGUGAUGAUGUCAAUGGAGGUUUGUGGAAGGAUAAUUAAAGCAGGAGGGGAAACAGUUAAAUGGUUCCUCUUGAGGAAUUUUUAAUGUCUUGUCCACUGGGCGAAAAGACUUACUCACUAAACCAGCGUAGCUUCAAUUAAAACAUGCUCACUCACGGGUCCUCCCUUUCGAUUCAGAAUCUCAAAACAUUUUCCAUCCCAUUUUUCACUAGCUCCUGUUGCGACGCAUUGUCAAAAAAUUACAUUGACUUGGGUUCACUGUAAUUAUCUUCCUUCUGUUACCAUCUCCUCGCACACGGAGAAAUGAAAUUGCUGUAUUGUGCCCCUGCUAUACUACCAUUCACACAUUCUCUAAUAUUUUCUUCCGUUUUCCGUUGCGUGCCCUAAUGAACAUGACCUGGCUCUCUGUAUAAUGCCUCAUGUUUGUCUGCGAGGCAGAGACUCACCUCUGAUGGUUAGCAAAUUAUGUUUCUCUCACAGAAAACCUCACAUGAAUACCUUUUAUCUCAGCAGUUGAAAUGACUAAUUUCUGUAUGCCCUUUCAGCAUGCGAUGAUUCUCAAGGCAGAAGGUACUGGAGAAACAUAGAAAUCCCUACUUGUUGGUGAUUUUUUUGUAUUGUUCUUUUGAACCUGGUUGGUCAACUGCAGGGAGACAGACUAUAGUUACUGUGUAAGGCGUUUGCCUCGUCAGUUUCGUAAGUUGGAUGAAGUCCUCCAGUUGAUUUUGAUGCAUGUAUGAAUGGUGGGACAUGGAAUAUUAUUUCUAUCAAUUCAUGAAUGAGGUCUGAUUGGGAAGCAGGUUGGGAUAAGGUUGGCUAAGUAUGUUUGCAGGCUUUUUGAUAUGGCUUUUUGUCUCCCCUCGCUUUCGAUGGUGGCGACUUGAAGACUAAUGUAUAUCACCAAGACAUAGGAGAUGAGUAUCAAUUUGAAUUCAUUUUGAUUGUCACUGGCAUGCUCAGAACCUUCGUUUGGGUGUCGGCUCUUGUGUCAAGAGGGUCAAAAGUAGCAUCCAUCAUCUGAUAUGAGUUCUCCCUCGAAUGGCUCUGUUGUUUACUUUUCCAUUGCUCUCUCCCCCACCCCCCUUCUGGGCUCAUUGGCAUUUGAUGGUGCUAUUCCUCAAUCCAAACUUGGGUCCCUUUCUGUUCUUUGUCUUAGCCUGGUCCCAGAUCUGUUUGUGCUCUUGCCUAUUCCAUUGUCAAGCUAAAUGUUUGGCAUGACAAUUCCAUAAGGACCUGGUAAAAGUGCAGAAACAGACUUGCAACCAGGCUAUGUCUUGUCUCUACCCAGACUUCUUCACUUGCUAUAGACACUCCACAGUACUUUAACCCCAAUCGCUCUCAUUUUAUGCCAAGCAUUCCCUCAUUUGAACCUCUGGAACUCAUGUACUGGAAUGCAAAUGAUUAGAACUGUACAGUAGUGCUAAUAUCUUUGAGAUCUAUCUUGAUGUCUCUGUGGCUGUUUUGCUAAGAUCAUAACCUGCAGAAGAUUGUUUUCCUUGGCUUUUCUGCUAAUCGUUUCGACCUCCCGCUGGUGAGGGCUCACUGCUGACGCUGCUCGAGACUAGAAGGGGUGGUGUGUGGGUGUGUGUUGUUAAUGCUCUGUUCUUCGCCUUAGGGGAUGAGCUCAACAACAACUAAACCAUUGUCCAUAGUGGGCUCUCUCUUACUAAUGACCGUGGACAGUACUGUAGCUAUUAUGGUUGUGGAAGAGGAAGGAUGUCUUGGGUAGUUUGAAUCAUUUCUAUUUUUGGGUGCUGGGUUGGAGUAUUAGUAUUGCUAAGUUUUUUUUCAUAAACAUUUUCGAAGACCUGACUACUCUGUAAUAUGAGACUGUCAGUCUAUAAGGAGGGGAGAGAAAAAAGUGAGCGUGUCAGCGCAGCCCUUUGCAAACAAUGGGCCUGUCACUGUGACUGCUGCAGCAGUGAGCUUAGAAGAGAGUUCGCCCUCUCAGCAACCUCCUCCAGACCCAUCUGUACCUUAGCCUUAUCCUCUCACUUAAUGCCCAGAGUACCCCCACGGAGACAUUUUGCCGCACCGUACUACAGCCCCCGAGGCAGGAGCCUCCCAUUCCUCCCUGCAGACCGCCAAGGUCAUCCAGACCUGACCUACAGAAGAUGGAGGGAGAGGCGGAGAUGGAGGGUAGGAGAUGGGACAGCCAUGGGAGUGGGACAAAAAUAUGAAAGAUAUGAGAGAACCAUGAGAUGUUAUCUCCCGCUUUUCCCAUUAGCGAAGGGCUCCCCCGGCAGUAACGUAGAGAUAGGAGCUUCAGAUCUAAUAAACACGUUGCCCCCCUCCAAGCAGCAGGAAGGGAAUGCCAGGCCAUGCUCUAUUGGGCCACUUUUCUCCUGGGCUUGUUUUAACCUUAAAGGGAAGGUCUUCACCCCGAGACCCUGUGUGAUAAAGUGAUAACCAACCAGGCACGUUGGAAUCUGAUUCUGCAGCCCCUGAGGAUUGCAGCCGGAGGUCUCUUGAAUGGAAUAACAGUCAAAUAAAAUCUACUGAUGCAGCUUUCCGCAAACUGGCAAAUCCAGGUUUGAGCUAUAUUCGUUAUGUAUUUGGACUCAUUAACUAAUUUCCUAGCCAAAGUAGUUACCCGUUUACUUUACUAAAACUGCCCAUGUAUGAGAUGAUUGCUAUGCUAAUAUAGUUAUGAGUUUGUGGCAGUUUGGCGAAUACAGGUGGUAUGAUCUGUUUUCUCUCCAAAUACAGGUGGUAUGAUCUGUUUUCUCUCCCAAUACUAGUGUGAGCACAUUCUCACUGACACAGGUAUGAGUUGAUUUUGUUGGUCAUCCAGGUAUGAGCUCAUCUAUUUUAAUGGAAAAUGCAGAGGUUUCUUUGAAGAGGUUUCUGUGCUGAGGAUGAGGGCUUGACUCCUGGCUUUGGACAGAGUGAGUAGACGAGCAUUACCAAUCCUGCAGUUUGUACAUUCUUUUUGUUGCCUUUCAUGGUUUAGGCUAGAUGACUAAUUCCAUUGUAUUGUAAUAUUGUGUGUUAUACCACAAUGGUUGGACAAACAUGACUGUUGCAAUAAAGAUGACAGCUGGUAACACGCGGACUGUUAACCCUUUAGAGAACCAAUAUGAUGAUGCAUACCCACUAAUUUGAUUCAGAAUGAUAGACAUUGACAGCAACUUGUACAGAGGGCCUCACUAUUGCACUAAAAGUAUAAUCUCAUAACAGUAUUGUAUGUUUGUUUUCACUGAUGAGUAGCACUCCUGUAGGUAGAAUGGAGAUGUUCAGUUGAUUGUCCUCUUGGGUAGUUUGAGUUUGGUGAGUGACACAUUUCCCUUCAGUAACCACGUUUCUGAGUAGUCAUACAGUAUUUUUUUUUUUUAAAUACAUCAUGACAGCUGUGAUAGAACGCGGAAGUUUCGGUAAAAUGUUAUAGAUGCUGACAAAUCAUUUUGUUUGACAUGGUGGGAUCUUUUUGUCUGUAAAAUUAAUUAUGCAAGCAAUGGAAGUGGAAAUGCCUUUAUGCGCAAAUAUUGAUAUAAUAACCCUCCUCCCACUAUGACCCGUGAGUGAAAGCAUGUAGUUUAUUAGGCUACAGAUUAAAUACAUGAUGAUGAACUUCACAGGGUGUUGAAAGUGCAAGGUGAUGAGCUUGAUGCUCCUUUCCAAUAAAUAUUGAGGGUUUUAUUCUGGUGACAUGAUGAUCGAUGCUUGACUGCCGUUUGGCAAAUAAAAAAUGUUGUUAUCCAUAAUAAUCUCAUGUAGACUAACCUACCCCCACAGCGUACCCGCGAGUUGUUGGCGAGAGUCAAGACCAGAGUAGGUACAUUUGCUGUUUUUGUGACAAAACUAUCGGUAGAGUUGAAAAUGUGAUGGAAAACCGACAAACUUUAGAUUUUUAUUCGGUACAUAAAAUGUAAGCGAAAAAGUACAUUUUGUGUGCACUGUCAUCAUGCACUGCUUUUUAUCCGCAACAAGUCUGUUUGGUGGAAACUUGCAGAUUUUAGAAUAUUUGCAUGAUAAUCUGUCACCGUUUAAUGUAAACCUAGCUAUUAUCUAUAAAAAAGUACUAUGGUAUGUUACCUUUGCAUUAUGAGUUGACUUUAAUAGACCCUUAAUUACAUAAUCAUGUAAGAUACUGUAUUUAGAGAUGCACUCACACUUUCUCUAGGUUUUCACAAGGACCAGGUUGGGGGCUAGGUAUGUAACAGGCUGAUACCGUACUAUGUGCUGUAGCCAACUCUUCUAUUGUUGUCAAGCCGUAUGUACAUGUUUGGCAUGUCAGCGAAUUAACGCGUACUUCGCUAAAGCACAAAAAGAUCUGGACCACCAGGCUAGAUAUAAUAACCCAUUUCCUGCUUUCUGGUUUGCAUUAGGACAUCGGAUAUCAGCGGCAACGGGAGAUUUCUUAAUUUAAGACUGUUCUGUCGGUUCCUCUAGAUUCUCCUUUAGCUCCCCCUCCCUCCCUCUCGUAUGGAGACGAAAGAGUGCCUUCCCUGCCAGUGGCUGGGCAUCCUUAUCUUCGUCCUAUGCAAACAUUUUCUACCAGCCCACUCCACCAGUCUCUUUGUAAUAGUGUAGCCAAUGCUUCAUAUACAUAGUGGUUUCAAAGAGUAUUUUUUUAUUUUAGGUACUUUUGAACAGUCUCUGAAAUGUUGUUUUGUUGUACAUAUACAUUUUUCUAUAUAUAAAACAAAUAUGUCACGAGAAAAAAAAAGCUUUCUCGUAGACUUAAGGAAUUGUGGAAAGUCUAUUUUUCUACUCUUCUCAGUUGGGAUUGUAACAGUGGUGAACUCAAAUCUGCAAUUUAGGUGACUGACAUCUUCAAAAUAAACAGCUUUGAUAAAAAUUA